CGGGACUCGCAUUUCGAAUGUGCGUUUUGAUUUAGAUUCCUAUUUUUGUGCAAAAUUUAAUUAUAUUUAUCAAUAGAUUUAGUUGUAACUUUUUUUACUGAGUGCUAAUUUACUUCAACAUGGACGCGGAUAAAGACCGUAAACGUAAGAAAGAUAAGCAUCGUGAAGAUGAUAGUCGUAAGGAUAAAAAAUCUAAAAGGGCUCGUUCUAGGUCUCCUUCCCAAGACAGAGAUUCAAAUCGAAAGCGGAGGCAUUCUAGAUCGCCAUCACCAGCCGUCAAGCGUGAAAAAGAUGAGCGGAACCGAGAGGAACCUAAAGAACAAGAGGUUAAAAAAGAUGUUCCCGAAAGAAAGGCUAAAGAUGAUAUGCUAAACACAAGAACUGGCGGUGCUUAUAUCCCACCAGCGCGGCUGCGGAUGAUGCAAGCGCAGAUCACGGACAAGUCGUCCAUGGCGUACCAGAGGCUUGCAUGGGAGGCGCUGAAGAAGUCCAUACACGGUCACAUUAACAAAAUCAACGUGGGCAACAUAGGCAUCAUUAUCAAAGAAUUAUUGAAAGAAAACAUAGUUCGCGGGCGCGGUCUCUUAUGCCGCUCAGUAAUACAGGCCCAAGCGGCGUCUCCAACAUUCACAAAUGUGUAUGCAGCAUUGGUUGCUGCAGUUAACUCUCGGUUUCCAAACAUUGGUGAAUUAUUACUCAAAAGGUUAGUCAUCCAAUUCAAAAGGGGUUUCAAACGGAAUGACAAGCCUACAUGCAUAUCAUCGGCCUCGUUUAUUGCACAUCUAGUGAACCAAAGAGUUGCACAUGAGAUUAUUGCUCUUGAAUUAUUAACUCUACUUGUAGAGACUCCUACGGAUGAUUCUGUUGAAGUAGCAAUAGCGUUUCUGAAGGAAUGUGGUCAGAAGUUGAGUGAGGUGUCAUCGAAGGGUGUGAACACGGUGUUUGAGAUGUUGCGUAACAUUUUGCAUGAAGGUCAGCUGGACAAGCGUGUGCAGUACAUGAUUGAGGUGAUGUUCCAAGUGUGGAAGGAUGGGUUCAAAGACCACCCGGCGCUGAUCGAGGAGUUGGAGCUGGUGCCGGAGGAGGAACAGUUUACUCACUUGCUGAUGUUGGACGAUGCCACUGAUCCCCAGGAUAUCCUGAAUGUCUUCAAACAUGAUGAUAAGUAUGAAGAAAAUGAGGAAAAAUACAAGACUCUAAGCAGAGAGAUCCUAGGAUCUGAUGCAGAGUCAGGAGACGAAGAUGGCUCUGGAGAAAGUGGCAGUGAUGAGUCCGAUGAUGAGGAAGAGGAAGGGGAACAGAAGGAAGUCACCAUCAUUGACAAUACGGAGACUAACUUAGUAGCUUUACGAAGAACUAUCUAUUUGACUAUUAACUCAAGUUUGGACUUUGAAGAAUGUGCACAUAAGCUGAUGAAAAUGCAGUUAAAACCAGGACAGGAAGUAGAACUCUGCCACAUGUUCCUAGAUUGCUGUGCUGAGCAGAGAACAUAUGAGAAGUUCUACGGAUUGCUUGCACAACGCUUUUGUAAUAUCAAUAGAAUGUACAUUGGUCCGUUUGAGGAAAUCUUCAAGGAAUCAUAUGCCACCGCCCACCGGUUAGACACAAAUCGCUUACGGAACGUCAGCAAGUUCUUUGCUCAUCUGCUCUUUACUGACUCCAUAAGCUGGGAGGUCAUGGAGUGUGUAAAACUUAAUGAAGAGGAUACCACCAGCUCGAGCCGCAUUUACAUCAAGAUCCUGUUCCAAGAGUUAGCAGAAUACAUGGGACUGAAGAAACUGAAUGAUCGGUUGAAGGAUCCGACAUUGCAAGAAGCGUUCGGCGGCGUGUUCCCGCGCGACAACCCCAAGAACACGCGCUUCUCCAUCAACUUCUUCACCAGCAUUGGGCUUGGAGGGCUCACCGAUGAGCUCCGGGACCAUCUCAAACAGAUGCCCAAGAACGUGCCGCCGCCAAUCACGCAGAUCCAGGUGACCAGCUCAUCCAGCAGCGACUCCAGCUCCAGCGACUCUUCCAGCUCCAGCGAUUCCGAAGAAGAAGAGAGCAAAAAAGAAAAGCGCAAGAAAUCCAAAAAGGACAAAAAUAAAGAAAAGAGCACAAGUAAAGCGCAGAGUCCAGAUAAAGAGAAAGACCAGCCAGUUGAGCGGUGGGGGCACGACGGGUUCUACGACCAGCACGGACCCGGCGCCCGCCGCGACACAGGGUCCCAGAGACCCGACGACGGGUUCGCCAGACCCCGCGACCCGCCACGCAGGGACAAGAGAAACGGUGAUGACAGGAGAGACAGGAACCAAGACCCUAGAAGACAAGACAGAAGGAACGACGACAGACGCAGGGAAGACUAUAGAAGUGACCGCGACAGCGGUUACGAAGACUCCAGGAGGCACCAAGAAGAUCUAAGAUACGAUGACCGAAGAAAUGAUUCGAGAAGCGGCAGAGACAGUGGAAUUGAAGACCGACGGAGAGAUGACUCUAGGGAAGAUUCCAGAAAAAACAGACGUGACAAGGAUAUUAGAGAAAAGAAUAGAGAGAUCGACGAUCGACGACGCAGAGACGAUAGCAGCGAUGAAAAUAGGCACAGGGAAAACAGUAGAAGAAAUGAUAAAGAUAAAAAUAGGAAAGAAAAACGGAACGAAGAUAGAAGGAAUAGAGAUAGUGAUAGCGAUGAUGGCAGGAGUAAAAAAGAGAGAAAAAGAGAUUCGGGCGCUCGGAAGAAGGAUAGAAAGAGAGAAAGUAGUUCAGAAUCUUCUUCAGAUGAAGAUGAGAGGAGUUCUAAGAAUGGGAAGGAAGAUGGGUGGGAUAUCAGGAGAGCGAGCAGUAUAAGAAGGGAAGCUCCUACUGGGUACUGGGACAGCUAUAAACAGACAGACUCAAGGGAAGAAAAAAGAUCUAAAAAUAGAAGGGAGCGCUAGAAAAAUUGCUAUGAACAACACCACAGCAUUUUUGACGCGGAACGUUAUAACAUAUAUCUAUGGUUAUAACCAAGGAAGGAAGGCAUUCAUUGCAAUUACAGACUGGCAAAAAGAAUAUAAAUUUAAAAAAAUUGGUCGUCUGGAAAGUCGGUUUACGGACGGUAGUUUGACGUGACGUCAAACAUUACAGUAGUAUAGAUUAAACAAUGAGAUUUUUAAAUGCA